CCAAAACACGUCUCUCAAACGACCAGACCCUAAGCAAUGCCUAUUUAUUUAUCUCAAAAUUCGUAUCCCAUGCUUUAAUUCCAGGUUUCUCUUCAGAUCCGAUCUACAUCAAGUUUAUUUCAUUUUGACGAAGCAGUUUACAUGUAAGAUGAUAGUGCCGAUUGAUAAAACUUCUGCUCCUUCAUCCAGGGAGCAUGCGGAGCAUCUUUAUGAGAAGAACAUGGAGCUGGAAAAUAAUCGUAGGAGAGCAUCUCAGGCACGGGUACCUUCGGAUCCCAAUGCCUGGCAGCAGAUGCGUGAGAACUAUGAGGCAAUAAUUCUUGAGGACCAUGCUUUUUCUGAGCAGAACAAUAUUGAGUAUGCUUUGUGGCAGUUGCAUUACAAGCGGAUUGAGGAACUAAGGGCACAUUUUAGUGCUCUAGCUUCUUCAGGAUCGAACACAUGUCAGGGUGUGAAAGUUCCUCCACGACCUGACAGGAUUACAAAAAUAAGACUGCAGUUUAAGACUUUCCUUUCAGAGGCAACGGGAUUUUAUCAUGAUCUGGUUUUGAAAAUCAGAGCAAAGUAUGGACUACCAUUUGGGUAUUUUUCUGAUGAUUCAGAAAGCCAAGUUGUUGUAGACAAAGAUGGGAAGAAAUCUGCUGAUAUAAAAAUGGGUUUGGUGUCUUUUCACCGUUGCUUGAUAUACUUGGGAGACCUAGCGCGGUACAAAGGAUUAUACGGAGAUGGCGACUCUAAAUCUCGUGAGUAUGCAGCUGCUUCAAGUUACUACAUGCAAGCUGCAUCAAUUUGGCCAUCAAGUGGGAAUCCACAUCAUCAGCUAGCUAUAAUAGCUUCAUACUCAGGAGAUGAGCUGGUGGCUGUUUAUCAGUAUUUCCGGAGUUUAGCUGUUGAUAAUCCCUUUUCAACUGCAAGGGAUAACUUGAUUGUGGCAUUUGAAAAGAAUCGCCAUAAUUACUUACAGCUUCCUGGGGAUGUUAAAGCUCCCUUCAAGGAGCCUGCUGUGCAGCAAUCAGGUAAAGGUAGAGGGAAAGUGGAACCGAAACUUUCAUAUAAAGAAAAAGAUGGCAACAUAGAGGCAAGCCCUGCUACGGAGAAAGUAUCUGGUGUCCAGGAUACUUUUAAGUACUUUUGUGUUCGAUUUGUCCGUCUAAAUGGCAUUCUUUUUACACGCACAAGCCUGGAGACUUUUGCAGAUGUUCUUACUCACAUUAGCCGUGAUUUAUGUGAACUUCUCUCGUCUGGGUCAGAAGAGGAGCUGAAUUUUGGAACUGGACCUGCUGAGAAUGCACUUCUCUUUGUUAGGCUGGUUUCCAUUCUCAUAUUUACUGUGCACAAUCUGAAGAGGGAGAGUGAAGGUCAAACAUAUGCUGAAAUUGUACAACGUGCUGCCCUACUUCAGAAUGCCUUCACUGCCAUUUUUGAGUUGAUGGGACAUGUACUAGAAAGAUGUUUACAGCUCCGGGAUGUUUCUUCAAGCUACACUUUACCUGCUAUUCUGGUUUUUGUAGAAUGGCUGGCAUUUUGCCCUGAUGUUGCAGCUAGUAAUGAUGCUGAUGAGAAGCAGUUGAUUACUAGAUCUUUUUUCUGGAAACAUUGCAUAGCAUUGCUGAAUAAAAUUCUGUCAAUUAGGCCUAUGUGCAUGGAUAAUAAUGAAGACGAGACCUGCUUUUUCAAUAUGAGUAAGUAUGAAGAAGGAAAAGCUGAGAACCGUCUUGCAUUGUGGGAGGACUCUGAGUUGCAAGGGUUUUUGCCUCUUGUUCCAGCACAUGCCAUUUUGGACUUCUCAAGGAAACGUUCCUUUGUAAGUGAUGGCGACAAAGAAAGGAAAGCCCGUGUCAAAAGAAUUUUAGCAGCUGGGAAGGCUCUAGCUAAUGUCAUUAGGGUUGAUCAGAAAGCUGUUUGUUUUGAUUCGAAAGCUAAGAAAUUUCUUAUUGGUGUUGAGCCAUUUGCAGAUGGUACAUUGAGCUCUCCUACCCCAGUGGUAACAAAUAGUGCGGUGCAUGAAAACCCCUCUGAGAAUAUAAUUAAUAUUGGAAACGUUCAGCCAAUCCCACAGCCUAUAAUGGCUGGGGAAGAGGAUGAUGAUGAUGAAGUGAUUGUAUUCCGGCCAGCUGUGAGUGAGAAGAAAACUGAGGUGAUUGUUCCACAUCAUUCUCCCACUGAGAUUUUGAAGCUCAAUCAAAGUAGUUCUGUAAGUGAUCUCAAAUUCUAUGGCAGUGCAAUGUCUGCUCCUUAUGAUAGUCUUCGCCAACAUGAGAGGCUUGAUGCUAGUCAUCCACUGCCUGUAUCUGUUGGUGGUAUUCUCCCUCAGCAUCUGCAACCUGUUCAGAUGCAUGGAUCUAGGUGGUCAGCAGAAGAAACUACUUUUCUGGCUAAUAGCUUGAAAGGUUUGACAACGUUGGAGAACGGGCAUGUAACAAAGAGUGAGAUCCAAGAUACUUUAGGCUUUUCUCAUCCUGCUGCUCGUCCACAUGCUAUACAGCAGCCUGUCAAUGUUGGUGCUAGUGGUAUGUACUACAGUCAGACAAAAAUGUCCGAAACUGUGACGCCAUCCAGAAUUAAUGUCAUUGUGUCAUCUGGAGUUACCGGUGAUCCCUUGGCUGCUAGAACUGCCUCCGCUUCACUAGUUGGGAUGCAGAAGAAUCCAGUGAGCCGCCCUGUUAGGCAUCUUGGUCCGCCACCAGGUUUUAGCCCUGUUCCCACAAAGCCACUGAAUGAAUCUGUUUCUGCUGUAGAUUUGGGGAACCCUCCGAUGGAUGAUUAUAGGUGGUUGGAUGGACAUCAGUCGACAUCAUUAUUAAAAGGCUCUGGGCUUGAGAGUUCCCUCUACUAUUCAUCUCAUGCUGAUCCUCAGUUUGUCAAUAGCAAAAGCAAUGGCUUGACUGGAACGAUAAGCUUUCCUUUCCCUGGUAAGCAGGUUCCUGCAGUGCAGGUUCAAACGGAAAAGGAGAAAGGCUUGCAGGACUACAAUAUUCUUGAGCAACUGAAAAUUCAGCGUGAACAGAAACUGUACCAACAACUCAUGGAUGGGAACCAACAGUUUACCUCACUGCCUGAGCAGUAUCAAGGACAAUCAGCAUGGACAGGUCGUUAUUUUGGGUGAGAAUAUGGAAGUUUAGCUGGUUCUUGAGAAUGAAUACUGUGAAUGUACUUGCUUCCAUUUGCUGUCAAGUUCAACUCCAACUUCAAGCAUUGUCAAUGUUGAGUUUUUGAAGGAGCAUGGGAGGCAUUGGCUUCCAGUGGGAACUUCUUGUUAAACAAGUUUAGCCAGAUUUGUGGAGGAAGAUUGAGGAAAACCAAUGUUAUAACUAAGAUGCUAAAUUUGUAAGGGAGUCAAUGUGCCUUAAAAAGGGUUACUUGGGAUGGAGCUGUUGGUUUGUGGGGCUAAUUGUGGUCAAAAUAAAACUUGGUUUGUAUCCUAUAACUAUGGGAUAGAAGUGAAGCUGCCAGCAGAUGUUAAAAUGUAAUGUGGUGGACCUAUUCUAGAGGUAUGAUGAGCCACAAUAUCAAUGGGAGGGAUUUGUAAAACUCGGUAUUUGUGGGGAUGGGUUUUGAGUUAAUAUCUAUGAGAAUAAUAUACAUAUAUAUAUAUAUAUAUAUAGGGGGGAUCAAUGACUUCUUCAUGUUAUGUGAUAAAUAAAAGACUUCAUGC